GACAAUUGUGAACUCAAUAAGGCCUCCAUUGCGACGAAGCCUGGUUCAAUUGUCAUUCAUCCUCUCCGCAUCUUGCCAUUAGCCAAUGAUCGCCCACAAACCCUAACUUUCUCCUUACUCAUCGUAGUUACAGCAUGGUGAAGCCAUGAUGACGCCCUCAACCAGCAACAACAGCCACAACACAUCUAUAUAACCUGUCAGGUUGGAGGCUCAAUCAUCCUUUUAUCAACAGAACAAAACAUUACUAUACCCAGUCUAUUUUCAACACUUCAACACUUUCAAUUGAAUCAUCACAUACCCUUCAUCAUGCAGAACGAUUACGGACAGGGCAUCUCUCACGCCACCGGUGGCUCCAGAGUCCCCGACAAGGUCCAGCAGAAAGCUCCCCAAGGACUCGAAGAAUCCUUGCCCAACAAGCUCCAUGACACCGGCUCCGGAACUGGUCGCCAGACCCACGCCCUCAAUGACGGUGAAGACUCCAUCGUGCCUAAGGGCAUCCAGAAGGCCGUCCCCGAGAAGCUCGAGCGCGCACUACCCAACAAGAUCCACAACACUGGUGAUGAAUAGAUGAUCUUGCAUAGCGGAACGUCUUAUGAACGCAGAAUUUGUGACGAUACACAAGUAAUUUUGGUGGCGUUGGAGAAUGAUUUGAUGUCACGUUGCACUAUGGAUAAUGAAAUGUAAAAUGAUGAAAUUUUGAUCUGCUUAUCUGUCUCUUGAACACAAUUCGAAAGCAUUUAUACGCAAUUGUAGGAGUUAAUGUUGUCAGAAUUGAUGCAAGAUUGGUUGAAUUCUUGACAUGCCACAAAAGGACCCUAUAUU